UGAAGUUCUGCGCGCUUUCGCCUCGUGUCCUGUCCCGUUCCCAUUUCUGAAUUCCCAGCGUGCUCGCGCGUCUCUGAAGCGAUCGCUCUAAAGUGAAUGACUGGGCCAGCGGACCGUAGUGGUAGUAGAAUGGCUGUGGCUUAAAACAAAUGGACGGGACACGUAAAACAUUUUAAAUCCAUUGAUAAGAUUGGGAUGUUAUGCUGUAGCGGCCUCCCUACAUAUUUUGUUUUAUGUUCGCGUGAACGGGUUUAUCCAUGGUUAUCCAUUAUAUCUUUGUUUGAGAAGGCGUGGAUGCUUCCUACGGCGGACUGACUGAGCUGUCGGCUUACUAACACUAUAAACGCAUUGCUAGACAUUGGAUGACUUAACUCUUGCCGGGAUGUCUUCAGUAAGGGAGGAUUAUAUUGCGCCUUGGUGGAUUUAUUGGCUUCACAAUUUCCCUCAUGUAAACCUGAACUUCCAGCCCAUCGACAACACGUUCACCCCGGAGGAUCAGAACUACCAGCAGUCGUUGAUCUUCCUGGGCUGUGUGGCGGCCGCAGGACUGGGCGUGAACCUCCUCUGCCUGGCCAUCUACCUGAGCUGCCUGUGCUGCUGUCGGAAAGACGAGGAGGAGGAGAGUAAGAGGCCCAAUUCAUGCUGUGUCACCUGGUCUGCCGUGGCUGCCGGCCUCAUCAGCUGCGCCGCGGUGGGUGUGGGUUUCUAUGGCAACAGUGAGACCAACGACGGGGUGUACCAGCUGACAUACUCCCUUUACAACGCCAAUCACACCCUGGGAGGAGUCAACAGCCUGGUAACGGGCACCAUGGGUGGUAUGGAAAGCGGUCUAAAACAGCACCUGGCCCGGCUGGACGAGAUCUUCGCUACGCGGGGAGACUAUGUGCAGACGCUGCGCUUCAUGCAGCAGAUGGCCGACAACGUCAUCAAACAGCUGCUGGGCCUUCCUGACUGGGACAUAGCUAAAGUAGACUUGGCCGCCAUUGCAGACCAAACCGCAAAUGUGGAGUACUACAGAUGGCUCACCUACCUGCUGCUACUGAUUCUAGAUCUGGUGAUUUGUCUGGCGGCGUGCCUGGGGUUGGCAAAGCAGUCUCGCUGGCUGCUCACCACGAUGAUGGUGUUUGGAGUGCUGACAUUGAUCCUGAGCUGGGCGUCUCUGGGAGCUGACCUGGCCACCGCUGUGGGCACCAGUGAUUUCUGCGUGGCCCCAGACAAGUUCGUCAUGAACCAGACAAAGGGCUUGAUCACCUCCGAUAUAGUCCAUUACUACUUGUACUGCAGCCAGACCCUGCCUAACCCAUUCCAGCAGUCUCUGACCAUCUUCCAGAGGUCUCUGACCACCAUGCAGAUCCAGAUUCAGGGGCUGCUGCAGUUCGCUGUGCCUCUUUUCCCCACGGCUGAGAGAGAUCUACUGGGGAUCCAGAACCUGCUGAACUCCUCAGAGGCAAGCCUCCACCAGCUAACCGCCCUCCUGGACUGUAGAGGACUUAACAAGGACUACCUGGAUGCGCUGGUCGGUGUGUGUUAUGACGGGGUGGAGGGCCUGCUCUACCUCUGCCUCUUCUCCAUCCUGGCCAUCUGUGCUUUCUGUGCCAUGCUGUGUGCCAUCCCCCGGGCAUGGACACACAUCGCCAGCAGGGAGCGUGAUUACGACGAUAUAGACGAGGAGGACCCGUUUAACCCUCAGGCCAGGCGCGUGGCCACCCAGAACCCCAGCCACACCACCAACAUGCACAGCUUCUGCAGCUACAGCAGCAGCAUGGGGAGCCAGAGCAGCCUCCACCCACCUGCUGCACAGGCCGUGUCCAACGCCCCCGUCUCAGAGUACAUGAACCAGGCGGCGCUGUUCGGGGGGAACCCUCGGUAUGAGAACGUUCCUUUGAUCGGGCGAGGUUCCCCACCCCCCUCGGUAUACACUCAGCAAUUUAGCAACAGAGUAAGUUGUUCUCUGCUCCUUUGUGGACCUCUGCUGUCUAAAGGACAAGAUAGACUCCCAGUCGCUUCCUCCCUCCUGCCUUCAUUUCAAACCAUCCCUGUUUUUAUUUCACCUCUGGCAUGGCUUUGAACCGCGAAAUCCCACCGUUCAUGACAUCACCAUGACAUCAUCGCCGCCAUCACUCCAGUUAAGUCGGAACCAGUCGGGCUGGUCCCCGCCUGCUGUUGACAGGGUGACCUCGCAUCAUCUCCCUUCAGUGGGAAGAUGUUUUCGGGGGACACGUUGGCCUGCCCUGUGUGUGCAUGCUGUACACCUUCCCUCUCUGUAAUUCUAUAGUCGAUACUGCCAUGAGGUGCCAAGUGUCAGGCUCCUCACCAUACAUGGUCUAGUGCUAUAGAAUUCUGGUCAUGUUAUGCUCUUCGUAUCCCAGGGACCUAUAGUGUUGUCUCCUGAUCCCCUGGAAUGACAUGUGAGAAUGACUGGCAUAGGCACAUAACUGUCUCCCCCUACCUACCUAUCCUUCCUGUCUGGCUGGUUAACUGUCCUGAAAUACUGGGACACGUGUCUUUUUCUACACUUGUCAUUCACUAGACGUCAUCCGGUGUUGCAUCUAAUUCUGUGUCCUAUGAUGUUCUGUUCCCCUAUAGUACUCUCCCAGCAUGAGGGCCACCUACCUGUCCAUGACCGAGGACCAGAUCAGACACUUUGGGAAUGAUUUCCAGGCAUAGACCUGCUCCUCCCCUUUCAUCUCUACAAUCAGAACGGGUUCUUAAACAGACACACACACACACAAACACAUAUAUAUCCCAUCAGUGUGUGACUUUGUGGCUGCUGCACUGACCCUCAUGUGCAACCACUCUACUGACCUGAUAUGAGGAAAGAUGUCAUACACACAGUUCUUCCAUCCCUAACCCCAGUGCACAGCGUUUCUCUCUGUCACCAGGAGUCCAGCCCGUAGAAUUCUAAGAAUUCAUUAAGAGAUUCUGUUCAUUCUAUUCAAGUGUUUCAGCUCUUCCUUGCGGUCUCUGGAUAAUGCGACCACCCCUACUGUUAAAUACAACGCAUGUGUCCACUCCAAGGUGUAGUCAUAUUGUUUUUUUGUGAUAACUUACUACAGGCCAUUACUUACUACAUGCCAUAACUUACAACAGGUCCUUAGGGCAUACAUUCAGGCUGUGAGUCCUUGUACUUGUGAUCUUUCUGUAUUAGCAGUGUUGAUGAACACUUCUAAACAUUAACUUGAAAACAAUAGUUUUACAGAAAACAACUUUUAUGAUAUCCUGCUGAUCCGAUACUAAUGAUUUGUAUUUGUCUAUUUUGAAAUGAAACGUAAAAGACCCCCGUGCAGUCUUUUAGUUAAAUUUAUAAAUCAUUACCUAAUCUCUAAAAUCCCAGUGUGUGUUUAUUUUAUAAAACAAUGGCAACAUUUACAGUACCAUUCAAAAGUGGUGGACACACCUACUAUACUUAUUCAAGGGUACAAAAAUAUAAUUUCUUUAUUUUUACUAUUUCCCACAUUGUAGAAUAAUAGUGAAGCAACAAUGAAAUAAGACAUGGAAUCAUGUAACCAAACAUUAAUUUCUCUUUGCUUAUUCAAACUUGUCAUAAUACGGACUCCUACAGUACUGACAUUGGCCCAAACACAUUAGGCAAACCUGUUAAUUGAAAUGCAUUCCAGGUGACUACCUCAUGGUUGA